AUGGAGCAGCUCGCUCCCCGUUUAGCAAUAGCCGUUUUUCUUUCCGUGGCCGCCGCUGCCACGUGGCACGUUCUAGACAACUUCUUGGUUAUUACCCCUCCGGCGGGAUGCGCGGGGCCCGCGGGGUCUCCGCGGAUUGCGGAGUGCGUGGCGGAGUUCCGCAGCGCGCGGCGGUCGCUGGGCGUGAUGCCGCAGCAGCAACAGGACGUCACAGCAGCCAUGCUCGUGCGGGUCGAGGUGCAGGUGCACGGCAUGAUGCGGGUGGUGAGGCGGCUUCAAGCGAGUAAUAUCUCCAGCUUCACGCCUAGUCAGCAGCACUUCAUCCGAGCUGUCUCAGAUGACUGCCUUGAGCAGGGCGCGGACGCGGCGGAGGAGGUGCGCGAGGCAUACCUGGAGCUGCGCGCGGGGCCCCGCGGGGACGACUUGCGCUUCCAGCUGGCGGCGAUCAAAACGAAACUCAGUAACUGCGUUACCGGGUUCGCCGAGUUCGCACCCGGAGUCCUCAAGACAGAACUCGGAGCCAUUCUUGCGAUGGGAACUGCACAAGUGAAGUCCACCGUAAACGCCGCCGUCACAAUCGCGUCAGCCUAUAGAGGGUACGGUACUCUCGCGCGAGGGCAGCAGAGCAACCGCCAGCAGGUGGCGCAAACGGUCGGCAUGCGCGCAGGACAAGCGGGGGCGGGUUUGCGCCGGCCAGUGCUGUACCCCGCUCAACAAUCCGCGGGGCUGCGGCCAUGGCAGGCGCGGCAAAGUGGUCAAACGGCGCAGGCGGGGCUGCGCCCCAUACAGGCGGGGCAGACGGGCCAAGCGGAGCAGUCCGAGCAGGCAGGGAAGCUGGGGCAGGCGGCGCAAGGGGGGCAGGUGGGGCUGCGCCCAACACAGGCAGGGCAGUUGGGUCAAGGGGGGAAAGCUGGGCUGCGCCCUACACAGGCGGGGCAGGCGGCGCAGAAGGGGCAGGCGGGGCUGCGGCCAACGCAGGCGGGACAGGCGGCGCAAGGGGCGCAGGUGGGGCAGCAUCUCGCUGUACAGUAUAGCACGGGGCUCCAGCCGCAAACCCCGGCGCAGCCGCAAACUGGUUACCAGGUACAAGCGCAAUCGCAACAGCUCGCGUGGUCCCAGGUGCAGCCGGUGUAUGACUAUAACGAGUACGAGUAUGACGACCCGAUAGACGGAGGCAGUGACUACCCCACAGGUAGGGAUAGAAGGGGUGGGCAAAAUCACUUCGAAGGCGCGGAGCAACGGCCGAAAUUGGUUCAGGCGCAGUCGCUGUACGAGGCGGACUUGUCUGGGUCGUACGAUGUGGGUGAAAAGUCCACCCCAACCGGAGUGGGCAAAAUGUCCCUUGGGAAUGACGACGAGUACAAUCGCGAUUACAGAAGCAGUAACGACAGCGAAUCUGAUUACUACAGUUACGAGUACCAAGAAUCGCAGCGUGCCAAUAGCGGGUAUGAUGAUCUUGAUAAUUCGCCCCAAGGCGGCAGCACAUUUCAGCAAGCUACUGCUGAUAGCAGCCACCUCUUACACAUUUCUUGGGACAACAUCAGUGAAGGUAAUACUGAUAUUGGUGGUGACGGCGAGAAUCCCGAUUAUUCGGCUAACUACUCUAAUGAUGCUAAUUUCGCUAAGGACGUUCAAAGUAGUAGUGGAAGCGUAGGUAGCGGUUCGUACGACGACGUUGACAGUAAAACUUCACCUAACGAGGGCAGCGUUUUAGACUCUGACGGUAACGGUCGCAGUAGCAGUGUUAGCAGCGCGAAUUACCGUCCGGAUUCUCCGGCUACUGGCAGGAAUGGCGACGACAGUGGCUCGGAUUAUUACGAUGACGCUACUGACAAUAACGGCGACAUUAGCGACGGGUAUGACAGCGGGUCAGACUAUUACAGCGCAUCAGGCGGCGGUCCAACUGAUAACAACAAUGGCGACGGCGGUUUAGGCAGCAACGUGAGUGGUGGUGGUCGCAGCAGUGUUACCACCGCGAGUGACGACUCAGACCCCCUUACACGUGGUAACGAAAGCGGCGAUCGUGGCUCGGAUUACUACGACGACGGUGGCGACAAUGGCGGCGACGCUGGCAAUAACGGCGACGUUAGCGAUGACGUCGACGGUUACGACAGCGGAUCAGACGGUGACGGCGACGGCUCCGAUACGGAUAUUGGUCCGAGCGAGGGCUCUGGCUUGGACGGCGAUGCUACUGACUUAGGUGACGGUUUCGAAAGUACUAAUGCUGACAUAGAUUACGGUUUCGGUAGUACUACUUAUGAUAGUGACACAAGCGGAUCAGAUGACUAUAGUGGUGCCGCUGCUAGUGGUAAAAGCGAAGAGAAGCCUUGGGAGUACCACGAUUCGACUGGCGGUGCUACAGCCGCUGCAACCAAUGCUGCUACAGUGGCUGCUACAGUCGCUGCUAUUGAGGAUGGCACAUUGAACAACAGGGACGGAGAUGGAUUGGAUUAUAACGCUGACGCUGCUAACGCUGCUGACCGUGCUGACUUUGCUGACAAUGCUGACGCGGCUGACCGUGCUGACUUUGCUGACAAUGCUGACGCGGCUGACAAUGCUGACUCUGCUGACGAUGCCGAGGGACCUGAUUCCGAUGACCAACAGCGGGAUUUCACAGGCACGCGAAACCGGCAGCUGCGCGCCACUGACGAUGUUAUCCGACAGGCUUCUCUACAGGGUGGUUACCUCAGUAGCAGUGGUGAUCGUGGCGAAAGCGCGGAUGGUUACCACAGUAAGGUUGGCGAAGUUGGCGAAGAAGCGGGUGGUUACCACCACCCAGAGUGGCUGGAGGCGGGGCUGUACGAACAGCUGAAGGAGCUCCAGGCGCGCAUGCGCGGAGAGCACGCGCGCGCGCAGCAGUGGGCGGACAGACGGCGCAAGCUGCUGGGGCUCCCCGCGGAGACGUGGGGCAGCGACGGCGGGGAAGGGGAGGAAGGAGAGAGGGGGGCGGCAGAGGGGACGAGGAGACGAGGGUUCGGGGUGGGGCAAUGGCGGAAGCGGAAGAGUGACACGUGGCGGAGACGAGGCGCGCCGCAGCGGAGGGGGCUGGAAGCGCAAGGACUACAGGCGCAAGGGCUACAGGCGCAAUGGUUACAGGCGCAACAGCUACAGGCGCAAGCGCGCCCGCGGAAGAGCCUUAUUCCCCUUUCCGCCUACCCCCUUUCUAGCCCCCGUUCCGUCCGUCCUCCCCCCAUCCCCGCGCACCAUUCAACGCAGCGCGCGCCGAUCCCCCUAGCGACGACGAUGGGGAAGAAAACCGCAGAACACCUCCCCACCGCGGGGCACCACUCCCCCGGAACCCUGCACCACGCGCCUGGGACGGGGCCCGCGCAUAAGGAGAAGCAGCCGAACCACUGGGGGGAGGGUAAGGGGCAGGGGGGAGGGGGAGUGACGCGCGGGCACCAUACGCACCUGUGGCGGAACGGGCGCAGGGGCGCGCACCACCCCGCGGGGGUGGGGCACCAUAAGCACAAGUGGACGCGGAAGCGGAAGGGCGGGGGCGGGAGUGGCGGAGGGACGGGGGGAGGAGGGGGGGGCGGGACGCGCGGGUCGUUUAAGGCGGAUGCUGUGGUUGGGCCGGGGGAGAAAUACAACACUGUUGAGGUGAGGGGAGGGGUGGUGAGGGGAGGGAUGGUGAGAGGAGGGGAGGUGAGGGGAGGGAUGGUGAGAGGAGGGGAGGUGAGAGGAGGGGAGGUGAGAGGAGGGGAGGUGAGAGGAGGGGAGGUGAGAGGAGAAAAGAGGGCUAAAUCUGGAGCGUUGGGAGCAGCGCCCAAGGAGGGGCGGUUUGUGGUAUUCAUCCGCGCGGGGACCUACCAUGAGUCCAUCAUCUUCCGCAACAAGGGGCUGAUCAUGGUGGGGGAGGGCAGCGACAGGACGAUUAUCACUGGGGAUAAGAGCGCCGGCAGUGGGUCGACCACAUAUCGCUCUGCCACCAUCGGUAAGAACCAAUUGAUAUGUACCGCACCGCACCGCACAUACCAUGAGUCUAUCAUCUUCCGCAACAAGGGGUUGAUCAUGGUGGGGGAGGGCAGCGAUAAAACCAUCAUCACUGGGGAUAAGAGCGCCGCCGGCAGUGGGUCGACCACUUACCGCUCCGCCACCAUCGGUGAGCGGUGCAUUGUUGGGAGGGGGGUAUGGUGCCGCAAGGUAAGGCACGGUGCUGCAUUGGAGGCACGGUGCAACAAGGGGCUGAUCAUGGUGGGGGGUGGCGCAGAUAAAACCAUCAUCACGGGGGAUAAGAGCGCUGGCAGCGGGUCAGCUACGUACCGCUCCGCCACCAUGGGCGCCUCAAAAGUCACCCCCGUGUUUCCUCUCCUCCCUGUGAGUGCUCCCCCAGGAGCCAACAAGGAGCGGUUCUGCGCCCUGGGCAUCCGCUUUGAGAACACAGCCGGGCCGCAGAAAACCACCUCGUAUGGAGCCAACAAGGAGCGGGCCAACAAGGAGCGGUUCUGCGCUUUGGGCAUUCGCUUUGAGAACACGGCCGGGCCGCAGAACCACCAGGCAGUGGCCAUGAGGGCCAGUGGUGAUCGCUCUGCCUUCUUCGAGUGUGCCUUCGAGGCCAACCAGGACACGCUCUAUGUGGACGCAGGCAGGCAGUACUACAAGGACUGUUACAUCGGCGGCACCAUUGACUUCAUAUUUGGCGAUGCAGCAGUGGUGCUAGACAAUCCCACCAUCGUGGUGCACAAGAGCAGUUCGUUUGCAACCAUCACGGCAUCGGGGCGGGAGAGCAACACGCCGACGGGAAUCGUGAUCCGCAACGCCAAGAUCUCAGUUGACUCUGGGGUUUCGGAGGUCUACCUCGGCCGGCCGUGGAAGGACUGUGCUCGCACCGUGUUUGUUGACAGCUACAUGCCUGCGGAGUUGGAGCGGGACGGGUGGAGCACGUGGGGGGGAGACAGCAAGGGCAGCUGUGUGUACUAUGCAGAGAAGGGCAGCACGGGGCCGGGCUAUGCUGCCAGCCGAGCAUCGUGGGUGCACCCUGGGAUCAUCUCAGACGCCUCUCAGUUUGACCCCGAGCCAUUUGUCGACCUCAGCUCCUGGCUGGACGUGGCGGGGCAGAACCCCAAGUGGUGA